CCGCUGAGCUCGGGGCUGGGGCGGCGGCGCCUGCGAGAGGGCGGACCGGGUCAGCUGCUACAGGCGGGGCCGUGCGCGGAGCUGUGGGCGGCUGCCGAGUGUCCUGCCGCCGCCCAGCCUUCGCCACGAUGCCGGGGAUCGACAAGCUGCCCAUUGAAGAGACCCUGGAGGACAGUCCGCAGACAAGGUCUUUACUGGGCGUAUUUGAAGAAGAUGCUACUGCUAUUUCUAAUUAUAUGAACCAAUUGUAUCAAGCUAUGCAUCGGAUUUAUGAUGCACAGAAUGAAUUAAGUGCAGCAACUCACCUGACUUCGAAACUUUUGAAAGAAUAUGAGAAGCAGCGUUUUCCUCUGGGGGGUGAUGAUGAAGUUAUGAGCUCUACUUUGCAGCAGUUUUCCAAGGUCAUAGAUGAGCUUAGUUCUUGUCAUGCAGUUCUUUCAACUCAACUCGCUGAUGCCAUGAUGUUCCCCAUUUCCCAGUUUAAAGAAAGAGAUCUGAAAGAAAUAUUGACACUAAAAGAGGUAUUUCAGAUUGCUAGUAAUGAUCAUGAUGCCGCAAUUAAUAGGUACAGCCGGUUGUCAAAAAAGAGAGAAAAUGACAAGGUAAAGUAUGAAGUAACAGAGGAUGUGUAUACUUCCAGGAAAAAGCAACACCAGACCAUGAUGCAUUAUUUUUGUGCACUAAAUACUCUUCAGUACAAGAAGAAAAUAGCUUUGUUAGAACCUCUGCUUGGAUACAUGCAGGCUCAGAUAAGUUUCUUUAAGAUGGGUUCUGAAAAUCUCAAUGGACAAUUGGAAGAAUUUUUAGCUAACAUUGGAACAAGUGUACAGAAUGUGCGAAGGGAAAUGGAUGGGGAUGUGGAGACCAUGCAACAGACAAUAGAAGACUUGGAAGUAGCCAGUGACCCUUUAUAUCUGCCUGACCCAGAUCCCACCAAGUUUCCCGUCAAUCGAAAUUUAACCCGAAAGGCUGGAUACCUAAAUGCUAGGAAUAAAACAGGCUUGGUGUCAUCUACCUGGGAUAGACAGUUUUACUUCACGCAGGGUGGAAACUUAAUGAGUCAAGCCCGUGGAGAUGUGGCAGGAGGCCUAGCCAUGGACAUAGACAACUGUUCAGUGAUGGCUGUGGACUGCGAAGACAGACGAUACUGUUUUCAGAUCACUUCUUUUGAUGGAAAAAAAUCUUCAAUUUUGCAAGCAGAGAGUAAAAAAGACCAUGAAGAGUGGAUCUGUACAAUAAACAACAUAUCUAAACAAAUAUAUUUGAGUGAAAAUCCAGAGGAAACCGCUGCACGAGUGAAUCAGUCUGCUCUAGAAGCUGUCACUCCUUCCCCAUCUUUCCAGCAGAGACACGAGAGCCUGCGUCCAGGAGGACAAUCUCGACCACCAACAGCACGAACCAGCAGUUCAGGAUCCUUGGGAUCAGAGUCUACAAAUUUGGCUGCCCUCUCUCUAGAUUCUCUUGUUGCUCCAGAUACACCAAUACAGUUUGAUAUAAUUUCUCCUGUGUGUGAAGAUCAGCCUGGCCAGGCAAAAGCCUUUGGUCAAGGAGGCAGGCGUACAAAUCCAUUUGGAGAAUCUGGAGGAAGCACAAAAUCAGAAACUGAAGGUAGAACAGACUGCAAUGUUCAUCCUAGAGUGAUCAGUAACUCUAUUCUUCAUCAGUUGUUUAUUGUCCGAUUCCUUGGUUCUAUGGAGGUAAAGUCAGAUGACCAUCCAGAUGUUGUCUAUGAAACAAUGCGUCAGAUCUUAGCUGCUCGGGCCAUCCACAACAUCUUCCGUAUGACAGAAUCACAUUUAUUAGUCACUUGUGACUGUCUGAAGUUAAUUGAUCCACAGACCCAAGUUACAAGGCUCACAUUUCCAUUACCAUAUGUAGUUCUGUAUGCUACGCACCAGGAAAAUAAACGGCUUUUUGGAUUUGUUCUCCGGACCUCAGGCGGAAGAAGUGAGAGUAAUCUGUCAUCAGUCUGCUAUAUAUUUGAGUCCAACAAUGAGGGGGAAAAGAUUUGUGAUUCUGUUGGAUUGGCAAAACAGAUAGCUUUGCAUGCUGAACUGGAUCGUAGGGCAUCAGAAAAACAAAAGGAAAUAGAGAGAGUAAAAGAGAAACAACAGAAAGAACUCAGCAAACAGAAAGAGAUCGAGAAGGACUUGGAAGAACAGAGUCGGCUGAUAGCUGCCUCCAGUAGACCAAGCCAGUCUGGUAGCGAGGGCCAGCUUGUUCUUAGCAGUAGCCAAUCAGAGGAGAGUGAUUUGGGAGAAGAAGGAAAAAAAAGAGAGUCGGAAGCGUGAACUUGUUGUUUUUGAUUUCCCCUUUCCCUGGAAUGUGUCGCAUCCAUGCUAAAGAUCAAGGAAGAGAUUACACUUUAUAUUUGCGUGUUCCGGCUUCAUUUAAAAAGACUGAACUUGAUAACAGGUUAUAUUGAGCAUUUCCCCUUAAAAAUAAAAUGCUAUGCAUCAUCCUCCAACUCUGCUUCCUAAACAAGACCCGCUUAAUUUCCUGUAGUAGAUUACUGAGGAAUUACACUUGCUCAAGAUAUUUUUCCUUUAAAUUGUGAACAUUUUAUUUUACACUGUAAUUGGUUGUCUCCAUAAGAAAUCAUUUUUCUUCAGAUUCUGACGUUUAUGUGUGUACUUUCUCCCUUUCAUUAGGAAUGUUUUAUUGGUAGUGAGGGAGUGUUCAACUGAAUGAGCUUCAAAUCCUUUUUGUGGAGAACUCUGCAAGUUUGCAAAUGUUCUAACAAUAUCGAGUGCAAUAGCAUUUGUAUAAAAUCAUUAGGACGGCAGAUGGUGCUGUUGACAGGAUGGUUUGUGGCUUGCUCUGUUUCUCUAAUGUACUAGAUCAUGGCAGGAGGAGAGCCCUCACAUGUCUGUUGGUGUUGGUGCCGUCCUUGGUGUUUGUUACCGUCAUCUCCGCUCUCAGGUUGGGGCUUGACUCACUGCUGCAGAGCAGUAAGGGUUAGGCUGAGACUAAGAAUUUAUUGAGAUUGUUGUCGUUGUUCAAACAUUUUAUACUACAAUUGACAUGUAAAGGGAGUGUUGUAGACUGAUACAUUGUAUUUUCUGUAUUGUGAAAUAAUUUUUAAUAAGUGACAUUUCAAAAGAUGUUCUAUAACAAUUAUGUUUACUGCUUAAAUAAAAUGUGCAGUUUAGUUUAGAAAACAUAAUCUUUUAAAUUUUAGACUGAUAAUCCCAGUAUUUUCAUAAUCCCACAUUUUGAUAAUGUAUUGAAUUGCCACUUUAUACCACAAAGGCAAAUAACUAAUUUAUGAGUGGAGAAUAAUUUGCACUAAUUAUUGUAAAUACUUUUACUUUUCAAAUGAGUAAAAGAUCUAAUUCCAUGAAAGACUGAAAAGGAAUGGAACACCUCAUAUAAUAUAGGACCAAGGAAGGAGUUAGCUUGCUACCGAGGUUGACAUGUCCCUCCAGUCUGUCUUCUGUCAAGAUUUCUUAGAUUUUAAACUGUGUUUAUAGAUUUUAUUUUCAUGCGUUCUACAUGAAAAGGUGUAUAUAUACAUAUGUAUACAAGUUAAAUAUAUUGAUUAAUAUUUUACAGUCAUACAUUUAUAGAUUUUCAAGAGGUUAACCACUAAUUUCACAAGUAGUUUUCUUUGUUCUGAAUUAGAAAUGGUUUCUGUUGUAGUUUUCAGCAUAUAGCUCAGUUUCACACUCUGUACGUCCACUGUUUUCUGUAGGAACACGAUAACAGUAUAUCUAGGAUCACGACAUUCUUUUUAUCCAUGUGCCAAAUGGGACUGGUUAUUUAAUACUCUUUAAAGUCUUAUGUUACCCAAACAUGCAGUUAAUAAGUAUCAAUUUAUAGAGUGCAUUUGACUAAAAGUCUGUUUUGGGCUUACUAAAGGGAAUGCUUUCAUAGUAGUAUUUCCUUCUUGUUAAACUAUAAACGGCUGUGGUUAGAAUUUGAUUAGUGGUGGCAAGUCUUGAUUUUAAGACUUUUUUUGAGAUUGGUUUUGUUUUGUUUUUGAUGAUUUUGUCAGUGAUAGGGAUCAAACCUAGGGUCUCACUAAACUACCACAGAGCCACACCCCCAGCCCUAGUUUGCAGUUUCAGGAAGUCUUUUCUUGAUAGAUGUCCUGCUGACUUCAGAGUGUUGGUUGGUGCUUUGCGUGGCAAUAAAAGACUGCUAUUUGGAUAGGAAUUUAGGCCAGAGGUAAAAUUUUCUAAUUCUUUUUAAGUCGUGUUUCAUAGGAAUUCCCCCAGUCACGUUUAUGCCCAGGAGUCAGAUGGAUAUGGGUUCCAAUGCCCAGGACACAUCCUGCAAGGACCAGACAGUUUCAGAUGAUCUGACUUCUGUCCAUCACCAUUCAACUGUGGAAUUCUGCUUCUCAGCUUUAGUCAGCUCUCCUGCUUGAAGAAGGCGUCCUGUGAACUUCUUCCUAAAUGUUAGUGCAGAUCUUCUGUUACACUCUCCUCCACAGUCUCUCCCAGCUUUUAGAAAUUAACAAAAUUGCUUUAAAAAAAAAAAAGAAAUUUAGCCUACUAAUUAUAUUCUGCAUUCUGUUACCUAUAUUGACAGUAUUUGCUUAACUGUGGUCCUAAACUCAAUAGAAAUCACUUCUAUGUCCUUGCGAGAGACUUGUUAUAAACUUGCUAGAGAUGGAAACCAUCCAUUUGAUCAGAGUCGUUGGAUCCCUGAGGAAAUCUUGUUUUGGCCAUUAUUUAAUAAUUACUUGGUCUUCUGACAUAGGAAUGAGAUGAAAUGAAAAAAAAUAUUUGCUUUUAAUAAAAGUCUGAGCAUUUAGAUCACACUUUAAAAUAUUUAAACACACCAGUGUAUAUACAAAGCAAACUUUUAAUUUUGUUUUUAGCAAAUUUGUUUAAUUUCUGAGAUUUUUAUUCUACAUUAAUAACAUAAAGAUUUGAAACUAGAAUCAUACUGAAAAUUUUUUUUUAUCCCAGCUCUCCUUUCUCUGACUUUCUGGGCCACUGCUCUAAGUUUCUGUCCAUGUUUCUUUCUUUUCAUUUUGAGCCAUCUUUCUUUCUACUUGGGCUUGCAUUUUCCUGCAUCUCUAGCCUUCCGAUCAGCAGUGUCUAGCACUUCAGUCAGGCUCGGCUGACUUGGGCCAUGUCUUCACUUCUGUGGACCGUCUGAAGCCCUCUUGCAGCAGCCACCCGUCUCCUGGACUGGCACAUGCACCCUUAGAUUCUUGCACUUGGAAAUACAAGGAGGGGUUUCCACUGCUGCUGGUUGGUUACAGCCGUCUUCCCAGGAGGAGAGUGCAUUACAGGCGCAGGAGGAGAAGGUGGUCCCUGGGGAAUUUUCUUAAUUUUGGAUUUUGGAGUCCCGUUGGAUCUUUCUGCACUUCUACUAUCUGAAUAACCCUCUGAUUUGCUCUAGAAUUGAAUGCUACUCCUUGCUGAGAUGGUGUGUCGCUGGUGAGCACCAUCUUAUCUGAAGGAGGAUUGAGACACCUACGAAAGAGGAUUCUUUCUGAGAUAGGUUUUCUCUGGGUAGCCCUGGGUACCCUGGAACUUUAUAUAGACCAGGUUGGUCUAGAUCAGAUAUCCGCUUGCCUCUGCCAAGUCAAAGGCAGCAAGGAGAGACCACUGUCUACACUGAACUGUAGUCUCUGGCUAUACUUGUAAGUAAACAACUUCAGUUACAUGAACACUGGGGAUUAAAUGAUAAUUUAUGUGUAAGACUGCUUUGUAUGUUUUGUGAUUUUUGUAAUGUAAGUAAAUUGAUAUCACUGAUAUUAACCAACUGUGCAGUGUACAAUUAAAAAUCAUUCAGCAUCUCUAAAAUUGGAUUUGUGAUCAUGGUGUAGCUUGUGGAGCAGAGGACUUAUUUUUUCAUUUGUCAAAAUAGGUAUUUACUGACAAGGCUUCAAGAAAUAUGUUGUUGGAUUUUUUAAAUGUAUAAUAAAAGUCCAUGAUUUUUACAGUA